ACAUCUUAGGAACAGAUAAGACUUAAAGUAAAUAGCUGUGAGUGGAGUCAUCAGUUUCCACAAAAAGAGAUAAAGUCUGCAAGACAGAGGGCAUUAUUAAAUAAUCAAAAACAGAGACAGAUGAAAAGUAUAAGACUUUGCUGUGUACACGCUGUAAGUUAACCUGCCAUUUGAAAUCUUUGGACAGCUUCACAGACUAGACAAUGUCCAGUGCAGAGUUUAACACCACGAAGCCACCUCUAGUUUUACGUGCUAAACAAUUAAUGAGCGAAUGGUGGAGUGACCUUGUAUAUAGACAUAGCCACAAGAAAGACUGGCAAGAAGUAGUAGAUGAAGCUCACCUACAGCAGUUCCAGAGCAUUCACCAGAAUCUUCUUUUUCUUGCUGCCCAAAAAAAUGAUGUGGCAUCCAUAAAGAAAUUAAUGAAGUGCCCCACAAUAGAUAUUUUUGAGAAAGGGACACUUGGGGAAACGGCACUUCAUAUUGCUGCUUUGUUCAACAAUGUAGAAGCUGCUGUUGCUUUGAUUGAGGUGGCACCUGACCUCAUUAAUGAACCGAUUGUGUCUGACUUCUACAAAGGGGAGACAGCACUCCAUAUAGCUGUGCUGAAUGAGAAUAUGAGCCUUGUCCAAGAGCUGAUUCACAGAGGAGCUGAUGUGUUUUCCCCUCGGGCAACAGGUGAAUGCCUUCGCAAGAAGAGACGAAAUCUUGUGUAUUUUGGUGAACACAUUUUGUCAUUUGCGGCCUGCACAGGAAAUGAAGAAAUUGUUCGUUUCUUGAUUGAGAAUGGGGCAGAUAUAAGAGCUCAAGACCGACAUGGUAAUACAGUGCUGCAUAUUCUGAUCUUUCAAACAAACAAGAUUAGCUCCUGCCAUAUAUAUGACUUAAUCAUGGCCUAUGACAUGAAGGAAAACAGUAGAAUUCCAUUGGAUCUCAUCCAGAACAAUAAAGGAUUGACUCCUUUCAAACUUGCUGCAGCUGAGGGUAACUUGGAGAUCUUUCAGUAUAUAGUGAACAAGCGUCAAAUAAACCAGUGUCUCUUGGGACCACGGUCAUCUUGUCUCUAUGACCUUACAGAAAUUGAUUCUUGGGCAGAGAACAAUUCAGUCCUGGAGCUUAUCAUCUGCAGUGAAAAAAGAGAGGCUCGUACAAUUCUGGAAAUUGCUCCAGUUAAGCAGCUCACUAAGUUAAAGUGGAUGAAAUAUGCGAAACACUACUUUCGCUUACUGAUGCUUGUGUAUAUUUUGUACAUCAUCAUCUUUACCCUGUGCUGCAUAUUUCGACCACUUAAAUUACGUCCAGACAACGCAACAGAUCCCAGGGAUGUCUUGCUAUAUGUAAAAAAAGACGUGCAGGAAAGUUAUGUCACCUACAAUGAUCAUCUCAGACUGGUUGGUGAAAUGAUUAGUCUAAUUGGCGCAGUGGUUAUCCUUCUAUUAGUGGUCCCAGAUAUACUGAGAGUUGGACCUACAAAAUAUUUUGGUCAGACAGUUUUGGGUGGUCCAUUUCAUGUUAUUAUUAUAACGUAUUCUUGUCUAUUACUGAUCCUAUUUAUGCUGCGGAUUACAAACUCAAAAGGAGAAAUGGAAAUUAUGGCAUAUGCACUGGUGCUUGGCUGGUGUAAUGUACUCUUUUUUGCUCGUGGAUUUGAAAUGCUAGGCCCAUAUGUUGUAAUGGUUCACAAGAUUAUGUUUAGUGAUAUGUUGAGAUUUAUUUGGCUGAUGACCUUUACUGUGAUUGGCUUCACUGCAGCUCUAUGGAUGGCUUACAUGACUCAGGAUCCCUCUGCUGAUCCACAAUUUGGUGACUUCCCCACAACUUUCUUUGUAGAAUUUGAGUUGUCUCUAGGACUUCUGGAUAUUCCACUAAAUUAUUCAGUGUGGACUCCAAACAUAGUGAAAGUUCUCCAUGCAGCUUUAACCAUCUUUGCCUUUCUCCUCAUCAUGAAUCUGCUAAUUGCCAUGCUAGGGGACACACAGACAAGGGUGGCAGAGGAAAGAGAUGAGAUUUGGAGAGCCCAAGUAGUAGCAACUAUACUAAUGCUGGAACGACGGCUGCCUCGAUGGAUGUGGACAAGGUUUGGGAUCUGUGGAAAACAAUAUGGAUUAGAGAGCAAGUGGUAUCUAAGAGUUGAAAACUCAAAAACGUACGGAACAAGGAAACUGCACCGUCACGUUCAAGCCUUUAAUGAUGAAAUUACUGAAUCUGACUCAGACAAGAAUUGCAUAGAAGAGAUGGAAUUGACAAAGCCUCCUGUGAAUCAAAGUUCAUUUAAUAGAGGAUUUAAGGAUCAGUCCAUGAAAUCAUCAAAAAGCUUAAAAAUUGUCUGCAAAGACUCCCAAGUUCCUGUUUAUUUAGAAAACAAUGGAGUGGUGAAUGAAUGUGAUGUAUAAAAUUAUAAUUAUCUCUUAAAUUAAUAAAAAAAAUCUUCAAAUUAUAUAUAUAUUUAUAAACUCUACUUAAAUUAGUUAGAUAAUGUGAAAUAAUCAUGAAAUAAAUUUGUUUAUUUGCACAAAGUGCUUGGUGUCAUCACAUGUCAACAUUCAUUAAAAAAUAGUUUGGACUUCGUUUAAUUUGUU